AUGUCAAACGAAUUGGUUGUUUUCAUAGUUUCAGUUUUAUUUGUACUUUAUUAAUAAUUAUUGCUAUUUUAAUAACAAAACUAAAAAAAAGGUUUGAAUUUUAAAAGACAUCCACGAAAAUGGAUUCAAAACGCUUGGCCAGUUAUGGACAAUGUAGGUGUUGUUUAGCCAAGGGUAAUCAUCGCGAUAUUAUGAAGGAAUAUUACAGCAACGGAAUAAGAGAAGUGUAUUAUGAUAUUUUCAUGGAAUGUUUUAAUUUAUUUUUGUCAACAGACAUGAAUCUAAGCAAGUUGAUAUGCACAUCGUGCAUAAAGCGGCUCCGUGAAGCGAACAGUUUCCGCAUGACGGUAGCUGCCACAGAACGACAAUUGCUUGAAGCACUCAAGGAGACGGAGAAAAAGGAGAUGGUCUUUGUAAAUGUUCCAGUGGAAGAUAUAACGGAAUCUCCUGUAAAACAAGAGCAGCAUAUUGACGUUAAAUAUGAACCCAAUGAUUUUGACGACGACUGUACAGACAAUGAUCCGGAUUAUGUACCAGAUAAUGAGUAUGUUGACAUUGCUACAGCUCCGUUAAGUAUAGCAAGUAACGAGGACUUGGUAGAGGGCGAGGCAGAGCUCCUGGCCAGGUUUCCACCUAUCAGAUUGCCGACAAGGAAGACUUUACACAAAACGUGCUCCGAAUACGUGAAGCAUCUCAAUUUUCUUAAAGGCAUCAUGAUAUUGCCAAGUUCGAUCGGGAAACUCUUAGAAGACGAUGUAAACAAAUCGAGCUUGAACUACAAAAGAGAAUUCGUCACGGAAAAAAUGGCUCAUAUCAUAAACGCGUCCACUCUCCUAGAAUAUUCCAACAUAACACCGUUCCGUAGUAGAAGCAGAAGUGGUUUCCCAUGUUUUUACUGUAGACAUCUUUUCGACAACUUGGAUAAAUUGAGGGAACACACUACCGAACACAAAAAGAGUGAAUUACGAAAAGUUUUACGGACUUAUGGUGCAGAAUGCUUGGUCGUGUACGCGGACGUCACUAACCUAUGCUGCACCAUAUGCGAAGCUAGAAUAUCCAACUUAAACGAGCUUAAAACACACUUGACCAGAAACCACAAGAAGACUAUGUACUUAGAUUACAACGACAGAGUGAUACCUUUCAAGUUAUCAGCGGACAAUGUAUACGAAUGUCAAAUAUGUGGUUUCAACUUCGAAACUUUCGGCUCUAUCGAGAGGCAUAUGAAUGUCCACUUCAGGAAUUACGUGUGCAAAGAUUGCGGAACAGGUUUCGUGACUAGAUACCGUUUGAAAGUGCACGUUAAGAGUAUGCACGUUGGGGGUAGUUUCCCCUGCGAGAUAUGCAAGAAAGUAUUCACCACGCAACAGAAACACAACAGCCAUGUUAACACGGUACACAAAAUGUUGAAGCGGUUCAAAUGUACCAAAUGCCCGGAGAGAUUCUCCGAAUAUUUCAGAAGACAGAAGCACAUGGUCGAAGAGCAUGGUGUGGCACCGUUGCAAUACAAAUGCAACGUUUGCGAUAAAUCUUUCGACAGAAGAUAUACUUUAUCGAGGCAUAUGAAGCGUGAUCAUUUGGAGGAGAGAGAUUUCCAGUGUCAUUUGUGCUCGUACAAGUGUUUCACCAAUAAUGAACUAAGGGUGCAUAUGAUUAAACACAACGGAGAGAGGAUAUUUGAAUGUUCGGUUUGUAAAAAAUCUUACGCCAGGAAGAAAACGUUGAAAGAACAUAUGAGGAUACACAAUAAUGAUAGACGAUUCGCAUGUGCUGUUUGUGGGCAAGCUUUUGUGCAAAAGUGCAGCUUGAAAGGUCAUUUGAAGACGCAUCAUCACGAAUAUAGUUUGCAGUGAGUUUAGUUUUAUAUGGCUCGAAGGACCAUGACAUCUGCCUCUGGAACUAAUUGUUCUGUGUAAAGUUAAUUGUCGCUAUGUGAAUAUUAAAUUCCAAGCGUCAAUAGGGAUAACAGUAUCGCAUCGAGAAGCUUAAAUGCUCUUUGAAUGAGUACUGCAAUAGUAAAGUAACAUGAAAUAAAAUUAUAUUUUUAGGUACUAGUGUUUCAUAGCACUAUACUGAUUUGGUUUAUUAUAUUCAUAGGCAGGUACCGUGUAAUUAACGGGACCAGACGUACCCUUUUGAAUGGGACUGCUCCGUUUUUCGGUUGUAUGUCCUGGUGUCCCCCAAAGAUAUCUCCAGGGUCCAAAAAUGUUCCGUUUUCAAAAUUAUGCGAGAAUUUUGCCAAAAACGCAUUGUCAGUUUCCUGCGAAGUGACGAAGAGGGACAAGACUGCAUUAGUAAUUUAUACUUUUGGGCUAUACCUCGUAGAAAUAACGUAUGUCAAUCCCCGCUCCCAUGGUUUUUCUUAAAAUAAAGUAUGUCCCGUUUUCAUCCAAAGAAUAUUACGUUGUAAUUUAUGAAUCGAAAGACAGAGAAGUUAGAUUUUACAAAGAGCAGUUUUUUUACAUUCGGCUUCAACAAUGUAAUAAAAAAAAAAUUCAUGAAGAAAGUUGCUAGCCAUAAAUUGUAUUUAUA